AUGUGCCUGGGACGAGUGGGAGGUCAGGGCAGAGGGACUUACGGUGGCAAGUGCGGCAAGGAAGACGCCAUCGGGUUCCGAGAUUUCUCCGACCGACCUGGAAGAGGAGGCUCUCCCGUGAAAAUGGGUAUGCUGCUGCCCGACGAAACUUACGAGGCGAGAUCCUCCAACGCCCUGAUCGCGGACGUGGACGAAAUUGAGGCUGCCAAGGCGCUGGCGGCGCUCCGCAGGUGCGACGAGUUCCUGAAGAGGCACGGCAUCCGGCCCGAGUUCUUCUGCAGGCAUCGAGAACGUCUCGCUCUUCAAGCCUGGCUGCUGAAAAGGUCCCAGCUCUACUCAGAUGCUUCCUCGUCGAACGAGGCGGUGCACCUACAGCAGCGCCUGCGGAGUCUCAGCACGGAAUUGGUGACCCUGAGGAACCGGCUGCACGUAAGUCAACCGGGGAGCGCAUCAGGUCCGGCGAACGGCACAUCCGGGCCCCUGUCGAAGAGCCCGGAAAAGGGUGGCGCGCCCCCCUCGCCGGCACCGGCGGUACCCCCGAGGACGACCCUACCACCCGCUAGCGGCGCUCCCGUAUCCCACGGGAUCGCUCAUCCCGCGGGUCACACGCUGACAGCCUCCGCGAUUGUUCAUCCGCAUGUCAAUCACGCCAGCACAAACGCUCUCAACCAUAACUCGACCGCAACCAAUAAUUUAAUAUCUGAUUUAGAUCCCUUGAAGCGGCACAACGGAGUGCCCGACGACGGAAUAGUAUCGUGCGUGACGGCGCUAGGAUGCCUCCGAUCGCCGCCGAUCUCCAGCAUCAUCGCCGAGGUGAAGAACGCGAGGAGCAACCAGAGCCAGCACCGAUGCCUCCCGAAAGCCACCGCUCCCUCGCCCGGCCCUGCGACCACCACGGCCUUCGACGACCUCAUUCAUCUACCCGGACCUCUCACAGAGGAUGCAGUACUCAAGUGUCUUCAAGCUCGAUUCUGCGCCAAACAGUACCAUACAAAUGUGGGUCCCAUAUUGGUUUGUGUGAAUCCGUAUACAGACGUGGGAAAUCCGUUAACUUUAACGAGCACCAGGACAGUACCAUUAGCACCUCAACUGAACAAGGUUGUCCAGGAAGCCGUGAGGCAGCAAUCGGAGACCGGAUAUCCUCAGGCGAUUAUCCUUUCCGGAACAAGCGGUUCCGGAAAAACGUACGCUUCAAUGCUGUUACUUAGGCAACUCUUCGACGUCGCCGGCGGCGGACCGGAAACGGACGCUUUCAAACAUCUAGCGGCAGCCUUCACGGUCCUCAGAUCCUUGGGCUCAGCGAAAACCGCCACAAACUCGGAGAGCUCGAGGAUAGGUCAUUUCAUCGAGGUUCAGGUAACGGAUGGUGCUUUGUACAGGACAAAAAUUCAUUGUUACUUCUUAGACCAGACGAGAGUAAUCAGACCAUUGCCAGAUGAGAAAAACUACCAUAUAUUUUAUCAGAUGUUGGCCGGAUUGUCCCACGACGAGCGAGUUAAAUUAAAUCUGGAGGGAUAUAAUCUCAAAAACUUGAGAUACCUCCAGCACGGUGACACGCGGCAGGAUGAAGCCGAGGAUGCCGUCCGAUUUCAAGCGUGGAAAGCCUGUUUAGGCGUUUUAGGCAUUCCGUUUUUGGAUGUCGUGAGAGUUUUAGCAGCGGUGCUCAUACUCGGAAACGUCGGUUUCACAGACGGUCCUAGUGUGGAGGUAGGCGUGAUUGGCGAGAACGAGUUGUCCUCUGUGGCAGCACUCUUGGGAGUUCCUCCGCCAGCUUUGUUGCGAGGACUCACCUCGAGGACUCACAACGCGCGCGGUCAGCUCGUUAAAUCCGUCUGUGACGCUAACAUGUCUAACAUGACCAGGGAUUCGCUAGCAAAGGCGCUUUAUUGCCGCACUGUAGCUACAAUUGUGAGACGAGCCAACAGUUUGAAGAGACUCGGCUCAACUCUCGGCACCCUCUCAUCCGAUUCCAACGAAUCCGUUCAUAAUCAAGCGGAGGUCACUAGCCAACAUGCCUCUACAGUCGGCAGUUCAGCAAAUUUUCCAGGAGGAACAGGAUCGAGAAGCAUGACCGCCCUGAAUAACGCCGUGCGACAUGCCACGGACGGUUUCAUCGGUAUCCUGGACAUGUUCGGGUUCGAGGAUCCUAAGCCGAGCCAGCUGGAGCAUCUCUGCAUCAAUCUCUGCGCGGAGACGAUGCAGCACUUCUACAACACUCACAUAUUUAAAAGCUCCAUCGAGAGCUGUCGCGACGAAGGUAUCCGAUGUGACGUCGAAGUUGACUACGUUGACAAUGUGCCAUGUAUUGAUCUCAUUUCCUCUCUGCGUACCGGAUUGCUAAGCAUGUUGGAUGUAGAAGGUUCAAUACACGGGACCGCAGAAAGUUACGUUGCCAAAGCAAAGGUGCAGCACAAGCAAAAUCCUCGGUUAUUCGAACCGAGGACCGUUGACGGUAGAUCCUUCGGUAUUCAGCAUUUUGCAGGAAGAGUCAUUUACGAUGCUUCGGACUUUCUCGAUACAAAUAAGGAUGUUGUCCCUGAUGAUUUGGUGGCGGUGUUCUACAAACACACUUGCAGUUUCGGCUUUGCCACGCAUCUCUUUGGUAGCGAGCUGAAAGCAUUAUACGCAAGCGACACUGUACCGAGGGGCGUCAGUUUCCGUAUAUCACCAACUUCUCACACCGAUCUUUUGAACGGAGACGAGCCAAUAUCGACGUUGACGCAGGACUUUCAUACGAGAUUAGAUAAUCUCCUGAGGACUCUGGUUCACGCUAGACCGCACUUCGUCAGAUGCAUUCGAAGCAAUAGCACCGAGACUCCGAUGCACCUCGACAGGGGAGUCACGAUGCGUCAGAUACGCUCGUUACAGGUACUGGAAACGGUGAACCUUAUGGCAGGAGGAUAUCCGCACAGAAUGCGAUUUAAAGCCUUCAACGCGAGAUAUAGGCUGAUCGCGCCCUUCAAGCAACUACGUCGUGCCGAGGAGCAGGCUGUCGAAGACACGAAAUUGAUUUUGCAAAACGCGCAGCAGCUGAAGAGUAAAUUCGGUGCCAGCACUAGCUGGGCUCUUGGCAAGAGGCAUAUUUUUCUCAGCGAAGGUAUCAGACAACAGCUCGAAAACCUGCGGGCGGAAACGCGGAAGAAAGCUGCGACAGUAAUACAGUCUACAUGGAGGGGAUGGCGAGUACGAAAGAGAUGGCCUUUAAGAAGGACAACUCUAGGCGUAACAUCCGGAAUCGGCCAGAAAAAGCCGCAGCAACCACCCACGGGAACUAAUACCGGAACCGUUCAGAGGAACGUCACUGCUGGAGCAGGAACUGGAACUGGCACUCGUCCAAGACCGCAGCCAAUCGCUGGUACACCUCCACCCGAUCCUUCGGAGAAAUGCGCUGAUCAGAAGAUGAUCCAACAGACUUGUACACUUUUCGGACUAGAUCUGGAGCGACCGCCACCUGUUCCGCCUAGUAGGUCCUACACUGUGACCGGGAACACAAAACUUGGUUAUCCGCAAACCAGGAUUAUGAAAAUGCCUUUCCCAGAAAAGGGUGAAGGCGAGGUGGCUCUAUUGAAGGGAGAGACAGUUUUAGUCGUAGGUGCGUCGCCGAGACGAGGCCAUCUUCUUGUAGAACACAAUAACGCUACGUUACAUGUGCCGUAUCAAUUUAUGGAACUAAAACCUUGCAAUAUUAAUGUUUAAUGAUGUUUAUGGACCUAUUUAUUCAGUCUCACUUUGAUAAGAAGAAACUGCAUUAUUGCUUUCUUCAAUUCAAUUCUAAAAAAAUUACGUUUGUCUAAAUCCCUCCAUAGAAAACUUGUACAAAGAUUACCACAAACGUGAAACAAGAAAUAGAAAUCUAAAUUAUAGUAUUAUAUUAUUUUUAUAUUUUUAAUAUA